GCCCUCAUCCCUCCAUAAGUACCCCCUCUGCCUCCCUCGCUCUUUUCAUUCACUGCAACCCUAAAUUCCCAUUUGCUUCUUCUCUUACACCCAUCAAACAUCCAUGGCUUCUCUUUCCCUCCUCUGCUGCAUUUCCAUUGCUUCUUUCUCCUCCCUCUUCCUCCUCUCUCACGCUAGAAUUCCCGGCGUCUACUCCGCCGGUGCCUGGCAGGACGCCCACGCCACAUUCUACGGCGGCAGUGAUGCCUCCGGAACCAUGGGUGGUUCUUGUGGGUAUGGGAAUCUCUACAGCCAGGGGUAUGGCGUUAACACUGCCGCUCUGAGUACUGCUCUCUACAACAAUGGACUCAGAUGUGGUGCUUGCUUUGAGAUCAAGUGCGCUAACGAUCCCCAAUGGUGCCAUCCCGGUAGCCCUUCUAUAUUCAUUACGGCUACCAAUUUUUGUCCCCCCAAUUACGCCCUUCCUAGUGACAAUGGCGGCUGGUGUAACCCUCCUCGCACCCAUUUCGAUCUCGCUAUGCCUAUGUUCCUAAAAAUCGCCGAGUACCGCGCCGGAAUCGUUCCCGUCUCUUACCGCCGGGUGCCAUGUAGGAAACAAGGGGGAAUCAGGUUCACAAUCAACGGUUUCCGUUACUUUAACUUGGUAUUGAUCACCAACGUCGCGGGUGCAGGGAAUAUCGUGAGGGUUAGCGUGAAAGGAUCAAACACGGGUUGGAUGAGCAUGAGCCAUAACUGGGGGCAAAAUUGGCAAUCCAACGUCGUUUUAGUGGGCCAGUCCCUGUCCUUCCGCGUCACCGGCAGUGACCGUCGUACCUCAACUUCAUUGAACGUGGUGCCUUCUAAUUGGCAGUUCGGUCAGACAUUCACGGGAAAGAAUUUCCGCGUUUGAAAUUCCCUCCCCUCCUCUUUUUAUCUCUUUUUUUGAAAAUUUUCCCUUUUAUUUACCGGGAAAAUUUUGGAGUUGGGAGAGGUAAAAGUAAAACUCCACAGUAGGACGGUCAAAAUGGGUCUUUAUAGGGUUAAAAAAAAGGUCAGUAGUUAAAGGCGUGUCUAGUUUUGCAUCGUAGAUCUUGGAAAAGUUACCCGUGGUGUGGUAACUUCUUACAUUUUUACAUUGUUUUGGGUUAGGGUGUGUGGUUUUAUAUAUGAAGUAGCGGUGGUGGUUUUGAAAAUUACCGCGGUUGAAAAUAGUGUAGGGGGAGAGGCUGAAGAGGCUGCAAUGGUAAAAUGUGUAGCCCGCAGCAUUUUACUGCUACAUACACUAAAAAGUUGUUAUGUU